UCCGCGCAGCGACGGUGCUGGUGUCCCACGUGUCCAUUCGUAAGGGAGACACUGGGUGUGUGGUGGUAGGAGGGAGGGUAUCGGGGAAACCGGCUCCCCAAGACAGCUUCACCAGGGCCAGAAGGGGAGGAAUGCCAGGAGACCAGGAACAGAUGUUGGACUCGUAUGAACACUACACGACAGUGGCUCUGGACGGAGCCAGUGGGGACGUCAGGUGGCAGCACACUCCCUCAGACUUUCAGCUCAAUCCUGCAUAUCGCCCUGAUAUAUCCUCGUUUCGUCACCUGAAGCUCUACCUCCACAAGCAGAUACUCCACGAAGGAGAGGUCUCCUGGCAUCAGUACAGCCACUCCCUCAAUCAAAUCUUGGUCAGUCCUCUCUCUCUCCCUCUCUUUCCCUCCACCGAUCUUUCACUUACCAAAGAAUAUGUACCCUUUAGUAGUAUGACAUAGUUCUAUGUAAAGUUUGUGAGCAUUGACCAUUUAUACAGGAGUCAAGCAUUGAAUGAAACUGCCACUAAUUCAAGGUUUUUCUCUCUACAAUACAACACUGUUGGCCUUUGUUUUCUGUGUGUGUGUGUGUGUGUGUGUGUGCAGCCUCACACGUGGCUGAGGAAUGGCGACACUCAUUUGCAGUUGGCGCACUUCAAGAAGGAUCGCAGGAAGAGAGACGAACCGGACAUAUCAGAACACAUCAUGAAAGUUGGUGGACUGGCUGCGGAUCAUAUAGCGGGGCUGGCAUUCGGUGGACUGAGGCCCCACUCACCAGACGAACACAUCCAAGACCCCAACAUUCUCAUCGUACACUCGGCAGAAGGGGUGAGUGUACUCCAUCUGUACCAGGGGAGACCGCUGUGUACCAUCCCCCUGUCCCCAUACCACGCCACCCACGUCGACGUGAAUGGGGAUGGGACCAUAGACCACGUACAGGCUGUCGUUAACCCAAUGGAUGAUUCCGAGGAUGAGCUGGGAUGUUACGGCCAAGCCCUUCCAAUGGUGGUCGGAUCAAAACCUCUCUUCAAACACUCUAUAUGCAAGGCAACCCACUGGACCGAGACCUUCAUCGCCACUGACAAGUGGUUUCCUCAGCUGAACAAGGUUGGCAGGAAGAAAAUAGACCACGACAUUACGGAACCCCUGCCACCUGUCCUCAUUCAAAGUGUCUACCACAGCAGUCCGGUAAAGCUCCACCUCGGUCUCACCGGCUACUCCUGGACCAAGUGGCUCGCCCGCAGACAAAAGGUCGUCGACGCCCCAGCCCCGCCCCCACACCCCGAGGGCCCCGUGUACGACAGCGUCUUUGUUCUGAGCAGCGGACGAGUGACGAGCAUUGGACCAAAGGGAGAAUUCAACUGGCAGGUGGAUACAAAGGGGGAUUGGGACCCAGCGUCCGAGGUCAUCUACAACGCCAAGCACCCAUCAUGGAACCAGGACCCGCACCACCUCCUGUUCCUGCACGAGGCCUUCACACCCUCAGCUCAGCCCCAUUCCAUGACCAGCUUCGGCAAGAAAGACCAGGUACUGAUUCAGGGCUGGCGUGGACUGGUGGUCCUGUCGGGGAGAGAUGGCUCCACGGUCACCUACCUCAGACUCCCCUGCCAACCCAUAUCCCCUCCCACUCUGGCCGAUUUCAGUGACGACGGAUGGAACGACAUCAUCAUCACAUGUGCUGAUCGGUAUGAGGGAUUUGUUGCCAGUCGUCAGUCAGGAUUCUGGAACACUACAAUCCUGAGUCUGUUUGUGGGCGUGGUCCUCACUAUCAUUGCCAUCUACACCCGGCAACGGACUGUCCGUCCUUUACCUCUAGCUAAAUCAUCACUGGACUAAUUUUGCCACCACAAUAAAAAAAAUUCUAUGAUUCAAUACCAUAGGUAAUUUUCUCUAAUAGUCUCGCGGCUGGUAUAAGACUGUCAUCGACUUUUCUGAGAACAGUGGCUAGAUUGGUUCGUGUGCAAGUUCUGUCGGACGUGUGCAUUUCCACCCACGUGUUCAGAAUUUUAAGUAUCUGUGUCUUUACUCCCUGCGUUUCCUGCAGUAUCUCUUGGCCCCUGUGCUCUGGUAUUCCAAGAGCUUGGAUGAGGAUUGGCCAGCUUGUAAACUUAGCCAGGAUCAUCUUCAUCACCUCGACCAGCUCUAGGUUGUUCGGCUGGUCGGGUAUUGCCGAAGGUUGUUCGGCGACGUUUGGAGGUCCGGACAAAGAUUUAUUGAAGGCAACUAGUUCCAUGCCUGUCGUAGAAUCUGGGGUAGGUAGAGAUUGACUGCGCAGGAAAUUUAACCUCUCCUUGUUUUCAUCUGUGGUAUAGGUUAAAUUUUUGUGAGAUACACAGUUUCGGUUUGACACUCACCAACAUACUGCUUUGGAAGUACAAAGGGAACUUCUCCCACCAGGCUUUCUUGGUCAAAUGCCCCUUCAAAAGAGACCAGUGCCUUGACAUUAUCGAACGCUGCAUCUCCAGAAACAGUGGCACUUAUCCUAGGUGGGUAUGCUUUUAGUUUCAACUUUGCCUCCAGGUCACUGACAUCGUUUUCCCAUAUUUCGUGUAUUGCCGACUUCUUUACCU